AUGUUCUCAAAAAUCUUGGCUUUGAGCGCCGUGUUGGCAGUGUCUGCGGCAGGUCUCCUGCCCCAGCCUCACUACUCGUCGGCCGCAGCCGUCUCCUCCCAAAGCAUCGUGCGUCACGACCAGCCCCAGGCUAUUCACGCCGCACCUGUGGCCAUACAUGCUGCACCUGUAGCCGUUCAUGCUGCUCCCCUCGCCUACCAAGCCGCUCCUGUUGCCACUUACGCCGCUCCCGCCCGUAUCGCUACCGGCCACGCCGUCUCUUCCCAAAACAUCGUGCGCCAUGACCAGCCCCGUGCCGCAUAUGGCAUUACUCCAGUAGCUUACGCUGCCCCAGCCCACUACGCCGCCCCAGUCAUCAGCCACGCCACACCAAUCAUCAGCCACGCUGCACCAAUCAUCAGCCACGCCGCACCUGCGACCAGGCUUAUUGCCACCGCCCAACAUGAGGAAUACGCCCACCCCAGAUACGAUUUUGCCUACUCCGUUGCUGACGGACACACCGGCGACAACAAGUCUCAGCGCGAGAGCCGCGACGGAGACGCUGUGCACGGUGAAUACUCACUUUUGGAAGCCGACGGUUCAGUGCGCACAGUGCAAUACUCCGCCGACGACCACAACGGUUUCAACGCGGUUGUCAGCAACUCAGCUCCCGCCCGCCACGUUGCAUCAGCUCCCGCGCACAUUCUUGCUCAUCAU